AUGCCGCCCAUAAAACAUUCUCUCACUGAAUAUAUCAUAGUACUAAAUGAAAAGGCCAAUAAAUAUAAUCAUUAUGCACUUUGUCGUUUUUGUAAAACUAAAUUAACAAAUACUAAAAAAUUGGUAACUUCUCACUUAAAAAAUUAUAAAGAACAUUGGGAAAAGCUUGUAUUGAAUUCUACCAUAGAUAAUGGUUGGUCAUUCAGAUGGGUUGACAAAAAAUCAAGUCAAAUAUUAUUUAAUUUUGCAACUGCAGGAUUGAAAUUACCAAGCCAUAAAAUAUUGGCUGGCUUUGAUGGGUGGAAAAACAUUAAAAAGCAGGAGAUUUUAGGUUCAGUUUUAAUUACUUCACAUGGACAAGUUUUAAUUUGGGGAGGGGAAGAUGUGAGUAGAAAUCGUUUGCAAUGGCAAAAUAUAAAAGAAUUAUCAUUGAAUUUUUUGGACAAGUUAGAUGAACUAAAUAUCAAAUAUAACGCUAUGAUUACUGAUUCAGCAUCACAAAAUCAAGCAGCAAGAAAACGGCUGGCACCAGAACGACGUGAUGUUUUUUUUGGUCCUUGUUUUGCACAUCAAACCAAUUUAAUUGUUGGGGAGAUUUUUAAAGAAUCAUCUAGUUUAGUUGUUUCAUCUGAAAAGGCAAUUCAAAUCAUUUCUUUCUUAAACAGAUCAGUUUACUUUAUGGCAAAGUUACGUGAUGAACAAAAGUUUAAAUAUAACAAAUAUUUUGCACUUCUCCUUCCAUGUGCUACUCGCUGGAAUUCUCAUUACCACUGCUACUCCAGUUUGUUGAGAACCAAGUUUGCUUUAAAGAUGCUUGUUUCAAAAUAUGCUCCUAUUGAAUAUGAAGCAGAUGAUAAUUAUACAGGAAAUGAUGAGAAUGAUAGAAAAAUGCCACUUGAAAUCUGUAGAAUAGUUGAUGAUGAAGAUUGGUGGAGGGAUAUUAAAAAAUUGGAAAAGCUUUUGCUUCCAUUUUGUGGUGCACUCAACAAAUUACAAACGGAUAAUGCUCGUCUUCAUGAUGUACUACAUUGUUUUGCCUAUUUUUACAAGAUGUGGAAGGAAUAUCCUGACCAAAAUUUAGGUGCAGGGAUGAUUAUUCGUCUAGAAAAACGUUGGCAAAUAUGGGAGCAACCAUUAUUAUUAUUAUCCUUCAUUCUUCAUCCUGAAUAUCGUGACAAAAUUUUCCUUCAAAAUAAUACAUCUAUUUCUAUUGCAAAACUCAGUGAAUGGAUGAUAUAUUAUUUUUGUGUAUGGUUUAAAAAAGCUCCUGAUACUUUGUUAGGUGAAUUACAAAAUUAUCGUAGACAAAAUUUUCCUUUUCAUAAUAUUUCAUUAAAACAAUUUAAUGAUGGUGUACUUGGCUUUUGGGAUUUUGUUUCAGCUUACACACCAGAUUUGAGUAUGUUUUCUAUUAAAGUAUUUGCAAUAUGUGUAAAUACUGCUUCUGUGGAAAGGCUAUUUUCUGCAAUGGAUUUUUUCCACACAAAAAAAAGAAAUCGUUUGGAUUCUGAAAAGGUCUUUGCUAUGAGUCAAAUGAAAGGAGAAUUUCAGAGAUUAGAACGAUUAGAAAAUAUUCAAAAUUCAAACAAAAAAUUUAAAACUACAAGCAUUGCAAUUCCAAUUAUUCAAGAACAAACAGAUGAAUUGUUUAUGGUUUCUGACGAUGAUGAUGAUAGAAAUGAUGAGUUUUUUAAUAAUGAUUUUGAAUACUCUGAACAUGAUAUUGAAUCACCUCGUGAAUGGAGAAAUUUAAUUGAUGAAUGGAUUGAAAUGGAUGAUGGUUAUAAUGAUGAAUUAGGAUCACUUAUUGAAAAUAUUUCUCGAUGUGAAUUUCAAAAAGAUAAAGAAUCUGAAAACACUUAUAUGGGUUAUCAUAAAUAUCUUUUGGGACAAAGUAAUAUAUCCUGA